GGUCCGGACGACGGGCUCCUCGGCUCCAUCGUGUGAGGCGGCGAGUAGAGGCCGCGAAGCUCCAGCGCCUUCAUGUCGCUGCCUCCGGAGAAAGCCUCGGAGCUGAAGCAGCUCAUCCAUCAGCAGCUGAGCAAGAUGGAUGUUCAUGGCAGAAUAAGGGAAAUUCUUGCAGAGACUAUUCGGGAAGAAUUGGCACCUGAUCAACAACAUUUGUCAACAGAAGAUCUGAUCAAAGCGCUCAGACGGCGAGGAAUCAUCGACGAUGUAAUGAAAGAACUUAAUUUUGUGACUGACAGUGUUGAUCAAGAACCCUCUUCCUCUCCAAAGCAAACUGUUGGUUUUGAUAAGCAAUCAACGUUAAAAAAAACUAAUCUUGAUCCAACACGGAGGUAUCUUUACCUUCAGGUUUUGGGUGGAAAAGCUUUCUUGGAACACCUACAAGAACCUGAGCCUUUGCCUGGACAAGUCUGUUCAACUUUCACCUUAUGUUUGCAUUAUCGGAACCAGCGUUUUCGCUCAAAGCCUGUUCCCUGUGCUUGUGAACCAGAUUUCCAUGAUGGCUUUUUGCUUGAAGUUCACAGAGAAAGUUUAGGUGAUGGAACUAGAAUGGCUGAUUCAACAACAAUGUUAUCAAUAAGUGAUCCGAUUCACAUGGUGCUAAUCAAAACAGACAUAUUUGGUGAGACCACUUUAGUCGCUUCCUAUUUUCUGGAGUGGAGAUCAGUUUUGGGCUCAGAGACGGGAGUGACGAGUCUGACUGUGGAACUUAUGGGUGUAGGGACAGAAUCAAAAGUUUCUGUGGGAAUUUUAAAUAUAAAACUUGAAAUGUACCCACCACUCAGCCAAACCCUGUCUCAAGAGGUCGUGAACACACAGCUUGCCUUGGAGCGUCAGAAAACUGCAGAGAAAGAGCGAUUAUUUCUUGUCUAUGCUAAGCAGUGGUGGAGAGAGUAUUUGCAAAUUCGACCCUCACACAACUCACGGCUGGUGAAGAUUUUUGCACAGGAUGAGAAUGGGAUAAACAGAGCAGUGUGUUCCUAUGUGAGGCCUCUUCGAGCUGGGCGGCUUCUGGAUACUCCACGGCAGGCGGCUCGGUUUGUUAGCGUCCUCGGUUAUGAGCGAGCCCCUGUUAUCGGGGGAGGAGGCAAGCAGGAGCAGUGGUGUACGCUGCUGGCGUUCCUCUGCAGAAACAAGGGUGAUUGUGAAGAUCACGCUAACCUGCUGUGUAGCCUUCUUCUUGGAUAUGGACUGGAGGCUUUUGUCUGUGUUGGGACCAAGGCAAAGGGGGCCCCUCACGCAUGGGUUAUGACCUGUGGGACUGAUGGGACCAUCAUGUUCUGGGAGAGUUUAACAGGCCACAGGUACAUCCACAAGCCUACUAAUUCUGAAGGACCUCCACUUGCUGAACAGCCCAAACCAUUGUACCCCUACCGAACGAUUGGUUGUGUUUUCAAUCAUCAGAUGUUCCUGGGAAAUUGUCAGCCCUCCGAUGCAGUGGAAACCUGCAUGUUUGAUUUGAAUGAUGAAUCCAAGUGGAAACCCAUGAGUGAAGAAGCAAUCAAGUCUGUGUGCGCUCCAGGCGCUACUGCAUCUCUCCCUCCCUUCCCACCUCUGUGUGCAUCCACAAUUGAUGCCUCAGUCACAAGCAAUGAAAUCGAAAUGCAGCUGAGGCUUCUGGUAUCAGAACACAGGAAGGACCUUGGCCUCACUACUGUUUGGGAAGACCAGCUUUCCUAUCUUUUAUCACCAGCUUUGGCUUCCUAUGAAUUUGAGCGAACAACAAGCAUAUCUGCAGGCAAUGAAGAAUUCCAAGAUGCCAUAAGGAGGGCGGUGCCUGAUGGUCACACAUUUAAAGGGUUCCCAAUACAUUUUGUGUAUAGAAAUGCAAGGCGUGCAUUUGCCACUUGUCUUCGGUCUCCUUUUUGUGAAGAAAUAAUCUGUUGUCGUGGAGACCAGGUGCGACUGGCAGUUCGUGUUCGAGUGUUUACCUACCCUGAAUCUGCAUGUGCUGUUUGGAUCAUGUUUGCUUGUAAAUAUCGCUCAGUAUUAUAGGACUGACAUUUUCUAAGAAUUAUUCCUGAGUAGCUGUGUGAAGGUUUCUUAAUUUAAAAUCAGCCUCUGGCUUUGGAUGUCAUUGUUUUGUAUACAUCUGACUGGCAAUGUUUUAAAAUAUCAUGUAUGUACUUAAAAAUUAAGAGUAAAAAAACUGUAUUGAAUUUAGUAUAUAAUAAGUGUAUAAUGAUAAAUGU